AUGCCGCCUAAGUUAAGAAGUUGCGUGUUUGCCUCUGCGUUCAGAUUCCGUGUUCCCAGUGAGGAUGUAGGUGCUGGCAGUAAGACGUUUGAAGCACACAUGCAUCUCUUCAUGGUGGUGUUCUACAGCGUGCACGCUGGUUCUGCAGCACUGGACAGAUGUAGGAGUGUGGUGCAGUCACCGGUGUGCUGUACUGGAGAUCGAUAUGGGAAUGUGAGUGAUUUGAGGAUUGUUCUGCUGGGGAAGAAUGUUGCAGCUAACAGUCGAGUGGGGAACUUCAUCUUGGAUGAAGACAUGUUUGGAAAGACAAAAUACCCUCUUGAUGUAGAGCAGUACAGUAGAAGAGUGGAGGGGAGAAACAUCACAAUAAUCAACGACACUGACCUCCUCAAUCAAACACUCGCAGCAUCUCAGAUCAUACAGAAAGUGUCACAGUUAUCUUCUCUAAAACCUCAUGUGAUCAUACCGGUACUGCAACAUAAUGAUUUUAGUAAGAAGGAUAAAGAGAGACUAUCUUCUGUGUUGAACCUCUGUAAAGAGAAGAUGAAGAGUUGCACAAUGGUGCUGACAUCUGACAAACAGACACGCAGCUUUGGACUGAGUUCUGUAAACGAGAAUGAAUUUAUUCACCAAAUAAUUGCAGUGUGUGGAGGAAGAUAUCUUCAUCUCCAAAGAGAACAGCGCUCCGACAUACUUACAAAAGUGGAGGAAAUAAUCAAGCAGAGUGAAUAUUUAUUCAGACUAGAAGAGGAAGGUUUUGAUCCCAGAAAAACUGGAAAACAUGAUGAAAGCCAUAAAGAGAUUCCCUUUCAGAAACUGAGCAAGUCAAUCUUACACAGGCAUGAAAAACAAAAACUGAACCUGGUGCUGUGUGGACGAGACGCGGUGCUGAAGGUCUCCAUAUCCAAACUUAUAAGAGGGAAAACAAUUUCUAAAUCAACACUGUACCUCAGUGAAAAGGCACAAAGGUUCAGUUUACAGUGUGAGAAGAGGGAAGGGGAGGUGUGUGGACGUCUCAUCACUCUGGUGGAUCUUCCAGAUCUGUUCAACACUCAAAUCUCAGAGGAGGAAGUGAUGCGUCAAUCUAUCCAAUGUGUGUCUCUCUGUCAGCCUGGAGUUCAUGUUUUCCUCCUCAUUAUUCCCAUUGGUCCACUCACUGAUGAAAACAGAGCAGAGAUUGAAAAGAUCCAGAAGAUAUUUGACUCUAGAGAUCACUUCAUGGUGCUUUUCACUUCUGACAUGAUUGUUGAAGAACCUCUGACAGAUUAUGCUAAAUCAGUCAUGAAAUCUCAAAGUCUCUGUGGAGGUCGGUACAGAGUGAUGGGGUUAAAAGAACAUGACAACAGACAGAUCUCAGAACUGCUGGAUUAUAUAGAGAACAUGAAGACUGAACCCUACACACUUCAGAUGUAUGUGAGAGCUCAAGAGAAACGGGUCAGACAAGAAACAGAGGAGAAAUAUAAAGAAGAACUGAAGAGAAUGGAGAAUACAAUCAAAGAACUGCAAGAGAAGAAUCAGCAGAAGGGUGCUGAAGGUGAACCAGAAUGUUUGAGGAUUGUGCUGAUUGGGAUGACAGGAAAUGGAAAGAGUGCUACAGGAAACACUAUUCUUGGAAGAAAAGAGUUUCUGAGCCAAUCAAGAGCAUAUUCAGGGACAAGCGUUUGUAAAAAGGGACUUGGUGAAGUUGGCGGUAAAUCAGUAGCUGUUGUUGAUACUCCAGGACUCUUUGAUAGGACAUUGACACAUGAACAAGUACAGGAAGAAAUAGUGAAAUGUGUUUCACUGUCAGCACCUGGACCUCAUGUCUUCAUCAUUGUGUUGCGUGUGGGAAGAAUUACUCAGGUGGAGCUAGACACUUUAGAUCUGAUCAAGAAGAUCUUUGGUCCAAAAGCUGCACAGUUCAGUAUUGUUCUGUUCACGAGAGGAGAUGAUCUUGAUGAUCAGUCCAUUGGAGAUUAUGUGAGGACAAGUAAAUCUGCAGAACUUGAAAAACUGAUCAGAGACUGUGGAAACAGAUUUCUGGUGUUCAAUAAUAAAGAAGAACAAGACCAGACUCAAGUUAAUCAGCUGUUAAACAUGAUCAAGAUAAUGAUCAGCUCCAACACAAGCCAGUUUUUCACUAACGACAUAUUUGAGGAGGCAGAGAUGUCCAUUAAAAAGAGAGUGGAGGAAAUACUGAAAGAGAAAGAGAGAGAAAUUCUGACUCAGAAAGAGAAAUUAAAAGCCAGCUAUGAGAUGAAAAUAAAAAAAAUGACGAUGAGACUGGAGGAAGAGAAAAGAAGAGCAGAUAAAGAAAGAGUGCAGAUGGAGAAUAAGUUUAGAGAAAAAGAGGAAACGCUCAGAAAACAGUUUGAGGAGAGAGAAAAAGCUGAACAGAUGAAUCGAGAGAUUGAAAACCAGAAACGAUCAGAGGAGGAAAAACAACAAAAAAUGGAAUAUCAUAAAAAAAUAGAAGAGACGAAGAGAGAGAUUGACAAUCAGAGAUUACAGUAUGAAAAACAGCAGAAAGAAAGAGAAGAGGAAGAUAGAAAGAGAGAAGAGAGAUUCAAACGAGAUCAAGAAAUGAUGAAAAAGGAGCAAGAACGAAUAAUAGCACAGUUAAAAAUGAAACAAGAAGAAGAAACUAACAAGAGAGAUUUCGAGGAAAGAAAGAAGAAUAAACAAGAAGAGAAAGAGAGACAAGAUUGGGAGAGAAAAGUCAAAGAGGCUGAAAAUGAGAGAAAAGAGAAGCAAGAGGACAUUAAACGACAACAGAGAGAAUGGGAGGAGGAGAAGAAAAGACAGAUGAGAGAACGAGAGGAAGAGGACCGAAAGAGAAAAGAGGAACAUGAGAAACAGCUGAGAAUGAAACAAGCAGAACUGGAGAACAUGAGAAAGACAUUUGACAGAGAGAGAGAAGAAGAACGACAGAAGAGAGAGGAUGAAAAACAACAAGAGAGAAGAGAGAGAGAACGGAAAGAUAGAGAAUACGAAGACAAGAAAAAUGAAAUGAAAAGACAUUAUGAGCAGCUGGAGCAGGAGAGAGAAGAGAAGUGGGACAAAAGAAAACGAAAGGAUGAUGAGAAAAGAGAAGAAGAGAGAAAGAAACGGGAGAAAAUUAUUACAGAUCUGAAACAAGAGCAAGAUGACGAGAUCAGAAGAAGAGUAACGGAGGAGAGAAUUAAAUCAGAAAGGGAAGAAAAAGAGCGUGAAGGAAUGAAACAGAGAUUUGAUGAGAAAAUAGAGGAUAUAAAGAAGACACAUGAAGAUGAAGCCAGAAGAAAAGCAGAAGAAUUUAAUGAUUUCAGAGACAGUAAAGAGCAGCAUGUUCAGUAUCUCAGUGAGAUGCUCGAAGAUCAUAAAAAACAGCAUGAGUUAUUGGAGAAACUCUACCAACACUUCAAAGAACAAAAAGGUGAAGAAACAGAAAAGCUACGAAAGGAAAUUGAAGAACUUAAGAGUAAAUCAGGCUGUGUUAUUCUGUGA